AUACCUUUAUAUAAAUGGGAAGUAUAUGAAUGAGCCAAAUGAAGCUAUUGCUACCAUCUUUUUUUAAUAGUAAAUGUAAAAGAUGCAGGCCUGUAAUACGGAGCUGCAAGAAGAAUUAUCAAAAGAUGAUGAAGCGAAUUAUAAUGGGCAAAAAUGCUUCAACAACAAGAAGAAAGGAGGAUGGGUCACCUUCCCGUUUAUCUCUGGGACAAUCAUGGGAUUAUCAUUGGCUUCAAGUGGUUGGAGUGCCAACAUGGUCGUGUACGCUAUAGAGCAAUACAACAUGAAAGAGAUCACUGCAGCAAAGUUGUAUAAUAUAGCUAUGGCUGGUAUGACUUUGGUCAACAUCCUCGCAGCAGUCCUUGCAGACUCCUGGUUUGGAUCGUUCUCCAUUUUCAUUGUUUCAUCUUUUGUUUCUCUAUUUGGUGUUAUGAUGUUUACACUUUCAGCUACAAUUCCUUCCUUAAAGCCCCUUCCAUGUACCACAAGUAGCUUAAUAAAAUGCAACCUCCCAUCAAACCAGCAACAAGGCUUUAUCUAUGUCACCAUAGCCUUGUCUGUGAUCGGAGCUGGAGGCACAAAUUGUCUACUAGGAACAAUAGGCGCGAACCAAUUUCCUAAGUCAUCCGAACAGCAACAAAGGUUCUUUAACUGGUACCUUAUUGCUCAUCAACUCGGCGAAGUGAUAGGUUACACAGUCAUUGUGUACUUGCAAAGUAAUGUGAGUUGGGGACUCGGUUAUGGCAUUGGAGUCGCAGCUAAUGCAAUAGCCAUUGUCGUCUUCUUGUGUGGCUCAUCUUUCUACAAGCGUGUAAUGCGAGAAGGAGGGAGCCCUUUCACCAGCAUUGCUCGUGUUUUAGUAGCAUCUCUCAGGAAGCUGAAAGUAAAUACAGCUGAAAACUGUGACAUCAAUAGUUAUUUUUACGGAAUUUCAAUAUCAAACAUAUCUUAUCAAGCCCCAAGUAAUGGCCUCAGGUAAACUAAAUAAAGCACUUCAAAUUUGUUGUUUCUCUAGCUCGGUUGUUUGACUAUAUGUUUAAAUUUGCAAGGAAAUAUCCCCAAAUCCUUAUAAUGUUUGACAUUGUUAUUCGUUCGAUGGAGAUUUCUUAAUCGAGCAGCUCUAAAAACAAUGUAUGAAGAAAAUGAAGAUGUCAAUGGUAGCCAAGAAUACACGAAAUCAUGGAGCCUCUGUACUGUAAAGGAAGUUGAGGACCUCAAAAGAUUGAUAAAAGUUUUGCCAAUAUUGUCAGCCGGAAUAGUUUCUAGCAUCAUCUUUGCAAUCGGUUCGAGUUUAGUCGUGCUCCAGGCUUUAGUCAUGGAUAGAAGCAUAGGACCGCAUUUCAAAACACCAGCAGGAAGUAUGUUUA